GAGCGGACAGGGUGGGCGGGGUCUUAGCCGGGAAGAUGGCGGCCUCCAUGGCGGUCAGGUUUUUGGUGAGGAGAAUUCAGAGUCCGAUCUACACCGCCCGGAGAGAACACCGAAUGAAGAAGAAAUGGGCCUCCUCCCUCCCCUCGCUCUCCGGCCCCCAGUUGGCCCUCCAGUACUGUGACUCCAAUUACUCGGUGCAGUUUGGAGAGGAUUGGGCGGCGCUCCGCCUGGCGCUGCUCUCGGAACAGAAGUACGGGGCGAUGGUGAACCUCUUCUCCAGGCCGGAGGCGGUGACGGCGGAUCUCUCGGCGCUGCACAGCGAAGACUUCCUGAUGAUGGAGGAGGAGAGUCCGGGGACAGACCUGACACCUGCAGACUCCGCCCCUCACAGAGACCUGACACCUGCAGACUCCGCCCCUCACAGAGACACGGUGACGGCACUGCACGCCGCUGCGCUCUCCUGUUACACCUUUCCCCGCGGAGACAUCCAACGAUUCCCCUCCCCCAGGGCGGACCUGUCGGGGCUCCUGGGAUAUUACCUGAUGGAUGCGGCAUCGCUCCUCCCAGUUCUGGCUCUGAACGUCCAACCGGAUCACAGAGUCUUGGAUCUGUGUGCCGCCCCCGGGGGGAAGAGUCUGGCUCUGCUCAUGCAGAACUGCCGUUUCCUAGCAGCCAAUGACGUGUCGGUGUCUCGCACUAACCGCCUGCGCAGAGUCCUGCAGUCAUACCUCCCCCAUCACCUCCGUACAGAGGAGCGAGUUCGGGUCACAUCCUGGGACGGCACAGAAUGGGAGGAGCAUGGAUCGUAUGACCGGGUUCUGGUAGAUGUUCCGUGUACAACCGACCGCCAUUCCCUGAUCGAGACCGACAACAACAUCUUCAUCCGAUCCCGGAGCAAAGAGCGCCAAACACUCCCCGCACUACAGACCGCACUGCUCCUGGCGGGGCUGCAUGCGGUCACUCCGGGGGGAGAUGUGGUGUACUCCACCUGUUCUCUGUCUCAGCUGCAGAAUGAGUUUGUGGUGGAGAGAGCGCUGGAGGUCGCCGCCUCCGAAUACGGGAUUCACGCCUCCGUCCAGGAGCUCCGCCCCUUCCGGGAGAUUUUCAGGAAGACUUUCAAUUUCCAUGAGAAGAGCCGCAUCGGAGAGCUGGUCCUCCCCCACCUGACCGCCAACUUCGGGCCCAUCUACUUCUGCCUGCUGAGGAGGGAGCGCUAGAGAGGGGCCCCUGUGACUGAGGAGGGGCCCCCUGUCUCCCGACCACACCCACUAUACAUGGCUGGGGGGCCCCUUGUGACUGAGGAU